AUGACCCCCACGACCCGGCAACUGAGUCUGCAUCCCGUCGUGCAUCGACUCACGAAGGAAAUUUCGUUUAAUCCUUCUAACGAACCCGCCUCCAUACCAAGCCCGCUCAUCCAACAACAACUCUUUGCCAUUGGCCGUAGGCAGACCUCUCACACGCAUCAAUCGUCUCAUCGGUUGGGGCCACCUGCUCCGCUAUCCUGUCAUUCUCCUCUGCCAAAGCUCACCCAGCGCUCAGAUCUUCUCGGUAACCUCAUUCCCGACGCUGUAUUCGUCGUUACGUACAUGGUAUACGUACCACCCAGUGGCCCACUCUCUGCCUUUACCACAAGAAUUCGUUGUCUCUGGGCUCAACGUUCACACAGUGUAGAUUCUCGUCGCCACCAUGCUACCGUAACGUCACACAUACGCAUCACUGAUUGGGCUCUUGGUCCUCGUCUCUUCUCGCGUGGACACCGACCUCUAUGGCGGAUGGGGGGCGUGGCUAUUGCACAUAGCUUGACCAAUUCGUGUUGGGAUACUACCCAUGUCAAUGUUAUCUCCCAAAACAUGAACGGCCACUCGUUAACUUUCUACUUUCACAAGUUCCACAACGACGAUGACUGGUAUCAAGUAAAAACUGGGUAG